UCCAGGAUGUAGAGGCGACGGCGGAGCAGGGCAGAAAGGUCCCCGGAUCCCGAGCCCGCCGUGCGCGGCACUAAGCUGUGGCUAGCCCGGAGUGGCAGGACCGUGCGGCCGCGGGAGUGCGGAGGCGGGGCGGCGAUGCCCAGGCCAGGGAAGAGUUCGUACAGCGACCAGAAGCCGCCCUACUCUUACAUCUCCCUGACGGCCAUGGCUAUCCAGCACUCGGCCGAGAAGAUGCUGCCCCUGAGCGACAUCUACAAGUUCAUAAUGGAAAGGUUCCCUUACUACCGGGAGCACACCCAGCGUUGGCAGAACUCCCUCCGCCACAACCUGUCCUUCAAUGACUGCUUCAUCAAGAUCCCGCGGCGACCCGACCAGCCGGGCAAAGGCAGCUUCUGGGCGUUGCACCCGGACUGCGGAGACAUGUUUGAGAACGGCAGCUUCCUCCGCCGCCGCAAGCGCUUCAAGGUGCUGCGCCCCGAGCAUCACCUGCCCGGCGGCGGCGGCGGCGGGGGGCGGCGGCGGUCCCGGGAAGCCCCCGGCGCCUACCCCGCACAUGGUGCACUACUUCCAUCCGCACCCUCCGCCGCCUUCUCGCCCUAUGGGAGCAGCCAGCCCUCGGGCUUCAAGCAUCCUUUCGCCAUCGAAAACAUCAUCGGCAGAGAUUACAAGGGUGUGCUGCAGGCCGGGGGGCUGCCUCUGGCCUCGGUGAUGCACCACCUGGGCUACCCGGUGCCCAGCCAGCUCAGCAGCGUGGUAAGCUCCGUGUGGCCGCACGUGGGGGUGAUGGACUCCGUGGCCGGCGUGCCCGUGUCCCCUGACUACGGACCCUUCGGCAUGCCCGUGAAGGCGCUCUGCCACCCGCCGGCACAGACCAUGCCCGCAGUCCCGGUGCCCAUCAAGCCGGCGCCGGCGUUGCCCGCUGCCUCAGCCAUCCCUGCCCUGACGGUCGCCGCCUCGCAGAUCUGCCCCGCCGCUUCCCCGGCUGCUGCAUCGCUGCUGGAACAGACAUCGAACAACAAUCCCGAGGGCAAGAGCUCCCUCCACUCCGUCCUGGUGCACUCCUAAAGAGCAGGGGCUCGGGGGGAGAACGCCCCCAGGCUCCCGGGCGAGAGGACGGGGGAAUAUAAGGCAUGAGUGCGGAAACCUGAUCGAUCUCAUGACUAUACCCCUGCUGGUGUCUGUGUUUCUAUCGUGUACUAUCAGAUUAUUUGAGAACCAGGUCGCAGGUAAGAUCUUUUAUCGUCGUUAAAUGCCAUAAGUGGCGGAUAGGCGAUGUGAAAAAUCACAGCCGGGGCCGAAGGGGUCGAAGAGGCGAGAGCUAAGUUCUCCCCGCCGGCCUGAUGCACGGGCGGCCAUGCAGCCUGCGCUCCCCGCCGACCCCCUGUCCCGGGGCAGUCACCCCGGAGGCCCCACGAAACCCGAGCUUCGAGAGAAGUGCUGCAGUCGGCGACUAAUAGGGAGAGCAGAAGAAUAAAAACCCUGAUGACGUCUGCUUCUCACUCUUCCACGACAGACAGGAAACCUCUGCUCCACCGUCCUGCACAUCUUCUUCCGAAAGAGGCGGGCAAAGUGGCUACCUUAAAUCUUGGUGAGCUCCCGGGGCAUGUAUUGCUUGCUGCUUAAAGAGUGAUCGUUAAAUAUUUCGAUUAAGUAGUGGGAAUUUAGGUGACAACGGCACUGACGGCGAAGGGUUCCUUUAACAAACGAUCGCUUGCGCUUCCCCUUCACACUUUUAUAAUCCAUCCUCUAGUACCUUAGAAGGGACUGAAGCGUGACCUGGCUUCUCAACUUGUGUAUGAGUGUCCGAACUCCCUAGUUUCUCAUUAAAAUAAAAACAGCCCGGCGAUUCGUAGAUUGUGCUUUUCACAUCACCUUUCACCGCUCACAGACACCACUAUUUUGUACCUGUUGCUUGGCAUUUCUUCUACGUGAAUGAGAACGCAAAAACCUGCGGGGGAAGGGGGGGGGGGCGGGGAGUGAAAGAGGAGGGAGAAAGUGGGGGAAGACAACAGGAAGGUGGUUAAAAAGUUAUUCGGGAAAAGCACUUUACUGAAAACAACCUUCCAAUAGACGAGAAGUCUGUGCAGAAGGAUCAGAAGUCAGAGAUCGGAAGUCAGAGAGCGACGUGCUGGACAGAUGAUUCCCGGCUGGUUUGUGAGUGAUUGCUACCGUACCCUGUCCGCUCUGCUGUACAUCAAUGCUCAUUAAAGCCAAUCCAUCCAUUUGCUUCA